GUGAAAACACAGCUCUGCUCUCCACUGCAGAGAUUGAUUGAUAUAAUACAUUAUUGUCCCUCGUCUGGCAACAUACAGCAGUUCCUGGCAAACAUACACAAAAUCAAAGCACAGGACAUACAACACUCCAUUUACAGACAACACAUAUCACAAGACGUACUUCAAACGUAUGGAUGAAUACUGAAAGUUUGGAGCUUCUGGACAUCAGAACAGCGAUCACUAACCUCAAUUUGGAUGAAGAUUUCUGAAAAGUCUGCGCAGAACCAUGAAGACCAGACUAGGCUGCCUGUCCAAUAAGUCUGACUCAUACCCAGACAUCACUGAGUUCCUGCCCCCUGCCCAGGACAGGGCCACCAGAUGCCGAAAGCUGUCAAAAGAUGAAGUCGUUCUGUGGGCAGAAUCCUUCGAUGUUCUUCUGUCGAACAAGUGUGGCCUGGCUGCCUUCCAGGCUUUUCUCCAGACGGAGUUCAGCGACGAGAACAUUGAGUUCUGGAUGGCCUGCGAGGAAUAUAAAAAAAUAAAGACUCCCGCUAAAUUGAUGACCAAAAUUAACAAGAUCUACAAUGAGUUUAUUGAUGUCAAGGCUCCCAGAGAGGUAAACAUAGACUUCCGUACGCGGGAAGUGAUGAGGCAGAGCCUUGCGGAGCCCACCCCCUCCAGUCUGAAUGAGGUUCAGGCCAGGGUCCACAGCCUAAUGGAGAAAGACUCUUACCCACGCUUUCUCCACUCCAAGAUCUACCAGGACUUACUCGACAUGCAGUACACACACUGCCAUCGGAACUCUGUCUGAAGAACACACACAUGUGCCGUCGCAGAUACACAUACACACACACACACACACACACAGUUGUGUUUUUCUUCAGUAGCUAGGACCCAAGGAACCAUUAUUCCUCAUGUUCUAACUUGAGUUCUCAAUGCGUAACUCAACAACUCAAGAUGACAUCAUGUGAACGUUUUUGAGUUAUCCAUACAAAUAUCAAGUUAGGAUUCUCCUCUCACAGAGAGAUUCUUAGUAUUUAGACAUAUUGUGAUAUUGUAUCAUCCCUCUUAGAACUGUGUCAACAUAUAGUUUACACUUAGAAAACAAAAUACCACAAGACAUUGUACUGUGUAUCCUUUCAUUACUCCUAUUAGAAAAUGUGUUGUUGUUGAUGAUAUUUAUUUCUCCCAUCACUAUAGAUUUAUCGUGGUGUAGAAAUAUGUCUGGCAAUUUUAUUAAAGUUUUGCAACAUGUCAUCUGAUAUAUACACUAUAUGUGGGUGGUUGUACAGAAUUGGUGCAAAUUGUGGGUUGGAAAAAAAGUCUAAUCAAUAUCAUGUUUUUCCAUAACUUUCUUUUCAUCUUACAACAGAUACAGUGGGUAUUCCUCUUAUCUAGCCCCGUCCACUCGACUCAGUUCCAUUUGAACGUGAUUGUGUUUGUUUCCGUCUCACAACUUCCGUCAACGCUAGUGAAUUACCUCAGCGGUGGCUAGCUAAUACUGACAAACGGGCAUCAUUAACACAUCAUAACAUUAAAACCUACCCUAACCAGAAAUCAUAAUAGAUGGUAGCAUUCGCCCAAAACUGAAAGCGCGUACCACCGCAUUUAAACAUGGCAAGGCGACUGGGAAUAUGCCAGAAUACAAACUGGGCAGUCAUUCCCUCCGCAAGGAAAUCAAACAAGCAAAAUGUCAGUAUAGAGACAAAGUGGAGUCGUAAUUCAACGGCUCAGACACGAGACGUAUGUGGCGGUGUCUACAGACAAUCAAGGACUAGAAAAGGAAAACCAAGCAUGUCACGGAUAACGACGUCUUGCUUCCAAACAACACCUUCUUGGCCCACUUUGAGGAUCAUACAGUGCCACCGACUUGUGUAAGACAUUUAAACAUGUUAACCCUCACAAGGCUGCGUGCCCAGGCGGCAUGCCUAGCCAAGUCCUCAGAGCAUGCGCAGACCAGCUGGCUGAUGUGUUUACGAACAUAUUCAAUCUCUCCCUAUCCCUGCUGUCCCCACAUGCUUCAAGAUGGCCACCAUUGUUCCUGUACUCAAGAAUGCAAAGGUAACUGAACUAAAUGACUAUUGCCCCUUAGCAGUCACUUAUGUCAUCAUGAAGUGCAUCUUACCUGUCAUUCUAGACUCACUUCAAUUUGCUUACUGCUCCAAAAGGUCCACAGACGAUGCUUUUGGGUCACCAUCACACUGCACACUGCCCUCUGCCAUGUAGACAAUAGGAAUACCUAUGUAUGAAUGCGGUUUAUUGACUAUAGCUCAGCAUUCAAUACCAUAGUAACCUCCAAGCUCAUCAUUAAGCUUGAGGCCCUGGGUCUCAACUCCCACCCUGUGCAAUUGAGUCCUCGACAUCCUGACGGGCCUGCCUCCGGGUGGUGAAGGUAGGAAACAACAUCUCCACUUCGCUGAUCCUCAACACUGGGACCCCACAAGGGUGUGUGCUCAGCCGUCUCCUGUACUCCCUGUUCACCCAUGACUAUUUGGCCAUGCACGCCUCCAACUCAAUCAUCAAGUUUGCAAACGACACAACAGUAGUAGGCUUUAUUACCAACAACGACGAGACAGACUACAGGGAGGAGGUGAGGGCUCUCGGAGUGUGGGUCAGGAAAAGAACCUCUCACUCAACUUCAACAAAGCAAAGGAGAUGAUCUUGGACUUCAGGAAACAGCAGAGGGAGCACCCUCCCAUCCACAUCGACGGGACAGCAGUGAAGGGGGUGGAAAGUUUUAAGUUCUUCGGCGUACAUAUCACU